AUGAAUAAUUCCGUAUUUGGAAAAACAAUAGAAAACAUGAGAAAAAGACAAAAUAUAAUACUUGCUGAUAAUCGCCACAAAGCUGUAAAACUAACAAGUCGUCCAAACUUUAACCGCUCAACAAUAUUUGAUAAAAAUCUUAUUGCAGUUCAUAUGAAGAAAACUGAAGUUUAUUUCAACAAACCAGUAUAUGUUGGACAAGCAAUACUUGAUCUGUCAAAAACAUUAAUGUUUAAUUUUCAUUGUAAUUACAUCCCAAAGAAAUACAACGAUGCAGCAGAGUUAAUGUUUACAGAUACUGACUCACUUUUGUAUCUUAUCCAUACGGAUGAUUUUUAUCGUGAUAUAUUUUAUGACAUAGAAACUAAGUUUGACACAUCUGAUUAUCCCCCUAAUCACCCAUCUGGUAUAAAAACAGGAGUUAACAAAAAAGUAAUAGGAAUGUUUAAAGAUGAAGUAGCUGGUCGCCAGAUUACUCAUUUUGUUGGUCUUCGUCCAAAGCUUUAUAGUUUUAAGGUUGAGGACCCGACUACAGGAGGGGUGGGUGGAAUAACCAAAAAGUCGGACGAAGUUCGCAAGUGUAAAGGCGUUAAGAAAAAUGUUGUUAAACGCGAAAUCUCAUUUGAGGACUACACCCAGUGUUUGUUUUCUGGUGAGAAGCAGAUGAAGUCGAUGAAAAUUAUAAGAAGUGAAAAUCAGGACCUCUACUCAAAGAAAGUAAAUAAAAUAGCUUUGAGUAAUGAUGACGAUAAAAGAGAGGUCUUAAAGGAUUGUGUUCAUACGUUGGCCUUACGGUAAACUGCUUUAAGAUAGUAGAAUAUUAAUAAUAGAUGAGCUAUACAGAAGAGCAAAUAGAAAAAUAUCUAGAAAUAUUAAAUAAUUACAAUAACGCCUCUACCAACCAAGCAGUAGAGGAGGAUAGAAAAAUUAAAUGUUGGAAUUGUCAAAGUGACGGAAGGGACUGUUUCUUUGUUAAUUCAGGUUAUAGCAUCUGUGACUCCUGUGGUGUGAGUAACGGCCAUGUUUUGGGGUAUUAUGACCAGAAAGAUUAUGAUCGAUUACAUUUUCGAAAGAAGAGUAUUUAUCAGAGAAAGUAUCACUAUGAAAAAAAGGUUGAUCAAGUUUCUAAAAGAUUACACUUAACUGAGGAACAAAAGUGCGGCCUGUACAAUAAACUAAUGACGAUAGACAACCGCGUAAUGGAAAUACUAAACAAACAAUUUUGUCGAAAGGGAAUGAUAAGUAUUUUUUAUCUGAUCAAAAAAAUUUUGGAAGAAAUGGGAGGUGAAUCGAGCAAAGCGAGCAAACUAGUUUAUCUUAAAAUUUCUCCCCAAACUCUGGCGAAUUAUGAAAAGUGGUGGAAAUGUUUUAAAUCUCUAAACAAUGCGGCGUAG